AUGGAUGCUUUUCUAAAAGAAAUUGAACUACGGGAAGCACACAAGCCAACAACAGAAAAACCCGAGAACCACGAAAGGCAAAAGAACAAUAUAUAUGGACAUGCUGGGGGAUCUGCUGCCGCUCUGUUUACGAGGCAAGGUCAUGGGAAUUACGGACGUAUAACGUGUGCAUAUUGUUUGGGAGAACACUCGCACGAAAAUUGCAAGAAGAUAACAGAUAUUAAUGAGCGUAAGCAACUUAUUCGUAAGUACGGACAAUGUUUUAUUUGUUUGAAAAAGGGACAUAUUAGUAAAAAUUGUUCUAGUAAUGUUAAUUGUAAUGCAUGCGGGAAACAACACCAUAGGUCUGUUUGUGAGGGUACUGGGGUUCCUACUGACCAUGUUCAAUCCAAUCAUUCCAUUCUGGGUUCUCAAAGUAGGGUAGCAUUGCAGACAGCACAAGCUUUAGUGAAGGGAGUGAAGGGUAGUCCAAGGGUCAGAGUACUCUUUGACACAGGAAGUCACAAAUCCUUUGUGAGUAGAAAGGUAGUUAAUGCAGCCGGAGUUCCAGCUAAGAGAAAGGAGUGGAUUGAAAUCAAAUCAUUUGGGCAAGAGAAGGCAGAGGGAAAAUUGCAUGACGUUUUUGAGUUAGAAGUUUUGCCAGUUACGGGGGGAGAGAGUGUGAAGAUUGAGGCAUACGGUGUAGAGUAUGUUUCACAAAUCAGAAAUGAGCAUGUAGAGUUGAAGAAAAGGGAUUAUUCGCAUUUGCAGGGAUUGUGGUUUUCUGAUGUUUGUAAGGAAAAUGAAGUGUUAGAAAUAGAGGUGUUGAUAGGGGCUGAUUAUCUGUGGUGUUUCCAGGAAGGAAAUGUUGUGCGAGGGAAGGCUGACGAGCCUAUGGCAGUGCAAACAAGGUUAGGUUGGGUAUUGUCUGGUCCUAUGAAGGUAAGUGGUAGUGGUAAUGAAACAAAUAGUAUGCAUGUUGUCGAUGUAAAUUUUCUUGUGCAAGAUAACUCAAGUUGUACAAAACUUGAUGAGAGUAUACAUCGUUUAUGGGAUUUUGAAACAUUAGGCAUUAGACAGGAAGAUGAAGUACAUGAGUCUCUAAAAGAUUCAAUUAAGUUUAAUGGCAGAAGGUACAGUGUAAAGUUACCUUGGAAGGAAGGUCAUAGUGCAUUAGCAAGUAAUUACAACAUUAGCUUAAAGAGAUUGAAAGGUCAAUUAGGAAGGUUGAAGAAGGAACCGUAA